AUGGGCGUCUACCAGUGUUUGCUCGGCAUAGCUCGUGAUUUCGGCCCCAGCCCUGAUAAUGUCAAUGCAGCUGUGGAUGCCGUGGUGAAGGCGGCCGCGACAGUGAAGCGUGGCAUGCGUGAGAAGGACGGCCAAUCUGGAGCCCAAGAUGUUGUGGACAAGGAAUUGCACCAUCAUCUGAAGGACUCUCCUGGCCCGAUGAGAAACCAGCGGCAAGGUUUCGUCAGACCACAGGUUGGUGGGAAGCGAAUGUCGCGGUGUUCCGCGAGUUGGGGCCUGGAUUGGCAACGCCUGAGGGACUUGUGGCUCGCAUGCGAGGUAUCCGGAUUGCCGAUCGACCGUGGUUCAUGUCCAAUGGCCUCAAAGGAUCUUCAAUCUCGUUUCAGGCUGCAGCUUUCUUGCACCUUCAUGUCUGGUUGA